AUGCUGGGGCUCAACAAGCCCUGUGGGCACCUUGGACUUCUUAGGACCUGCUCAACCCAGGAUGACACCUCCUCAGAGCUACAGAGAGGAGCUUCUCAGGAUGGAGGGGUGCAGCCAGCUGCCUCUGCUGUCCAAGGCAGGCAGGCCUUGGCCAGGAUAGUCCGGCUGGUGCUGGUGCUGAGGGACUGGGCCAGCAAGAGCUUGCACGAGGAGCAACAAAGGCCAGACCCCUUCCUGGAGCGUUUCCAAGGCCCCGAGCUCCAGAAGGUGACUGCAGGUGCUGGCAACAACCUAGAUGAUGAGGAGACUGAGGAGGAAAACAAAAAGAAGAAGAAGUGGCAGACCUUUGUGGUUGACCCUGCAGGGGACUGGUAUUACCGCUGGCUGGCUGUCAUUGCAGUUCCUGUCUUCUAUAACUGGUGCUUGCUGGUAGCCAGGGCUUGCUUCAGUGACCUGCAAAAGACCUAUGUUGUCCUCUGGCUGGUGUUGGACUACAUCUCAGACACCAUCUACCUUGGGGACACAGUGAUCCGGCUGCGCACAGGUUUCUUGGAGCAGGGCCUCCUGGUUAAGAACCCGAAGAAGCUGCGGGAUAACUACAUCCCCACCUUACAGUUCAAGCUGGAUGUUCUCUCCAUCCUGCCCACAGACCUGGGGUACUUUGCUGUGGGGCUGCACUGCCCCGAGCUGCGUUUCAACAGGCUGCUGCGUUUCUCCCGCAUGUUUGAGUUCUUCGAUAGGACCGAGACCAGAACCAGCCACCCCAACAUCUUCCGCAUCAGCAAUUUGGUUCUUUACAUCCUGGUCAUCAUCCACUGGAAUGCAUGUAUUUAUUAUGCCAUUUCCAAGGCCAUAGGCUUUGGACAGGACACCUGGGUCUAUCCCAAUGUCACAGACCCUGAGUAUGGCUAUCUGACCCGGGAAUAUGUCUACUGUCUCUACUGGUCUACGUUGACUUUGACUACCAUUGGAGAGACCCCUCCCCCUGUGCGUGAUGAAGAGUACCUCUUCGUGAUCUUUGACUUCCUCAUCGGUGUCCUCAUAUUUGCCACCAUUGUGGGGAACGUGGGGUCCAUGAUAUCCAACAUGAACGCCACCAGGGCAGAGUUCCAGGCAAAAAUUGAUGCCAUCAAGCACUACAUGCAGUUCCGCAAGGUGAGCAGAGACAUGGAAACCAAAGUCAUCAAGUGGUUUGACUACCUGUGGACCAAUAAGAAGGCAGUAGACGAGCGGGAAGUCCUCAAGAAUCUCCCCGAUAAGUUAAAGGCAGAGAUUGCCAUCAACGUUCACCUGGAGACACUGAAGAAGGUGAGGAUUUUCCAGGACUGUGAGGCAGGUUUGCUGGUGGAGCUGGUGCUGAAGCUUCGCCCUCAGGUGUUCAGCCCCGGGGAUUACAUUUGCCGGAAAGGAGACAUUGGGAAGGAGAUGUACAUCAUCAAGGAGGGGAAGCUGGCUGUGGUGGCAGAUGAUGGAACCACACAGUAUGCUUUGCUCACUGCAGGAUGCUGUUUUGGGGAGAUCAGCAUCCUCAACAUUAAAGGGAGCAAAAUGGGCAACAGGCGCACAGCCAACAUCCGCAGCUUGGGCUACUCUGACCUCUUCUGCCUGUCAAAGGAAGAUCUUAUGGAAGCAGUCACAGAGUAUCCUGAUGCCAAAAAGGUCUUGGAGGAGCGUGGCCGGGAGAUCCUGAUCAAGGAAGGGCUGCUGGAUGAGUCAGCUGCAGAGGCAAGCACAGAAGAGCUGAGUGUGGAGGAGAAGCUGGACAGGCUGGCCUUGAACCUGGACACGCUGCACAGCCGCCUUGGCCGGCUCCUGACCGAGUACAACGAGGCCCAGAUGAAGCUCAAGCAGCGCAUCACUGCUCUGGAGUCCAAGAUGAGGCAAGAGGAUCUGGAAGGCUUUUUCUCUGAUAGCUCAGACAGUCUGUUUGAGGAUGAGGAGAAGGCUUUACCUGGUGGGAUUCAAUGA